GGGGGCUUCGCACCGCAACAGGCAAAGGCAAAUUUGCCAACAGAGCAAAGGGCAAACUUGCCUUUGAGACAGUGCGGUAGACAUGGCACGGUUAUCGAUGAAGCGGAUGGUGGUCCGCGCGGCCAUCAUUGUGGCGCUGAUUUUCGCGGCGUACAAGUACGGCUUGUUCCAAUCAAAGACGCCCUUCACAUACGAGCGACGGACCUUCAAGGACUACAAGGGAGGUGCGCCAUGGCGCAUGCACGGCAUCCUCGGGCUGCGGCCGGACGGCACCCCAGGGUUCCCGCGCGCAGAGUGCCCUACAAACUACAACAUGGCAGAGGAACUGCGGUCCAACGGUUUCUUCGCCCGCCUCAGCGACUGCCUGCCACUGGACAGAAACAUCACCGAUGGCCGCCACAAGUCGUGCCGCUUCGUGCAGUACGACCUGGACAACCUGCCCGACACGUCCGUCAUCUUUGUGUUCUACAACGAGCACCCGUCCGUGCUGCUGCGGUCCAUCCACAGCGUGCUCAACCGCACGCCGCCGCAGCUGCUCAAGGAAAUCAUCCUGGUUGACGAUGGCAGCGACCUGCCGUGGCUCGGCCAGCCCUUGGAGGAGUACGUCCAGCUCCUGCCAAAGGUGCGCAUCGUGCGCAACGAGAAGCGGUCGGGGCUGGUCAAGGCACGACUGCGCGGCGUGGAGGAGUCGACGGCGCAGACCUUCACGGUGCUGGACAGCCACAUUGAGGUGGAGGAAGGUUGGUGUGAGCCGCUCAUGGCCCGCAUCAAGGGCGACCGCACCCGUGUCCUCAUGCCCCAAAUCGACAGCAUCAACCAGGAGACGCUGGACCCUGUUGUUGGCGGCAUUGGGUGUUCGCUCGGUUUCCUGUGGAACCUCAUCGAGCACUCCAUCCCCAUCCAGAAGAAAGACCAGGCCCUGCGCACCACGGCCAUUGAUGCCGUGCGCUCCCCGACAAUGGCUGGCGGCCUCUUCACCGCCGACCGCGAGUUCUUCUGGCACCUCGGCGGAUACGACACCGAGUUUGGGUUCUGGGGCACCGAGAACCUCGAGUUUUCGUUCCGCAUCUGGCAGUGCGGCGGGUCGCUGGAGUGCAUGCCGUGCUCGCGCAUCCACCACAUCUUCCGCAAGGGCGGGCACGCGUACAGCCUGCCGCCGGGGCAUGUGGCCAAGAACAAGCUGCGCACGGCAGCCAUCUGGAUGGACGACUACGGGUUUAUUGUGAAGGAGGCGAUUGGGGCGGCGGGGAAGCAGCCCGAUAUUGGGCCGCUGGACCACAUGCUGGAGCUCAAGCAGCAGCUGCAGUGCAAGAGCUUCGACUGGUACCUGAAGAACGUGUACCCGGAGGGCAUCAUCACCGACCUCUCCGACAUCCGCGCGCUGGGCACAGUCAAGAACACGGCCAACAACAUGUGCGUGGACAACAUGCAGCACAUGUAUGCGGAUGCGAAGAUGGGGGCGUACGCGUGCCAUGGCCACGGCAGCCAGACAUUCCUCAUUCUCGCACGCACGAAGGAGAUCCGACCUGUGGGCAACUUGGAGCUGUGCUUGACCUCUGACACGACCAUCUCGUGGUGCGAGUCGAGGCACGACGUGACGUGGGACUAUGACCAGGCAAACAUGCUGCUCAAGAACACAAAGACGCAAAAGUGCCUUGCUGUUGGCGAUGGGAACAACCUUGUCACGGAGGAUUGUGAUCUGCACAAUGACAGGCACAAGUGGACUUUUGAUGACAAACACCCAGACAAGCACCCGGCUGUCCACUUUUGAAGCGUAGGCUGGUUGUCUGUCUCUGUGUGUGUGUGUGUGUGUGUCUGUCUGUCUGUGUGUGUGUGUGUGUGUGUGUGUGUGUGUGGUUGUCUGUGUGUGUGUGUGUGUGUG